CUCACGUCCCCACACACCACUACGCCGCAUCCGUCUGCAGCAUUGGCCUCACGUGUCUGACGCUCGCCUGCACGCUUUGGCGCUUCGUUGCACGCAUACGCCGUGUUGUGUGCGUUGACGCCUGCAGCCUCGGCCAGAGUUGCGUUGACAGCCUCGCCAUCAACAGCCUCAACAGCCUCAACCGCCGCCAACACCCCGCCAUUGAGCCCACCGCCAACAUGUCUGAGCCACGCACCACGAGGUCGACCAAGACCAGCUCCUCCACAGCCAAGUCUGCAUCAGCCUCAAAAUCCUCUUCAAAGUCGGCCUCAAAGUCUACGUCCAAGUCGGCCUCCAAGUCCAAGUCGGCCAAAAGCGACGAGUCCAAGGUGCACAAGCUUGCGCUGAAGGGCUCGUCCAAGACCGUCAACGAAUUCUUCGAAUACUCCAUCAACACCAUCUUGUUCCAGCGCGGUGUCUAUCCCGCCGAAGACUUCACCGCGGUCAAGAAGUAUGGGCUGACUAUGAUGGUGACCGCCGAUGACCAGGUCAAGGCGUACAUCAAGAAGAUCAUGUCGCAGCUCAAAGAGUGGAUGUAUGGCGGCAAGAUCACCAAGCUCGUGAUCGUCAUCACCAGCAAAGAGACCGGCGAGCACGUCGAGCGAUGGCAAUUCGAUGUCCAGAUUUUCGGGAAGAACGCAAAGACCAAGCCGUCAAAUACUGCUGUCGACCAGGAAAACGAAAACUCGGUUCCAGAGGCAGCCGAAGUUCCAGAAGAGAAAUCUGAGGCUGAGAUUCAAGCUGAGAUCCAGUCCGUUUUUCGACAGAUCACGGCCUCGGUAACUUUUCUGCCCAUGCUCGACGGAAACUGCACCUUCAAUGUGCUCGUAUAUGCCGAUGCAGACUCGGACGUGCCAUUGGAGUGGGGCGAUAGCGACGCCAAAGAGAUCGAAAACGGCGAAAAGGUACAGUUGAGAAGCUUCAGUUCUAGCAACCACCGGGUGGACACACUAGUAAGCUACAGGCUUGGCGACUAGGCCUCAAUCUACACAAUCCCUACCUGCAGUAGCUGCUGGCAUUGAGAUAUGCUAUCUUUGCACAAGCUUGUUUCCAACCCUGUCUUUUCUUAGCUGCAGCUCGACUCAACACGCAUCCCGCACAUGCAGCUGGGAAUACGGGCCACACUCCGUCUGACGCCUGGCUGCCUCAAUUCAAAAAGUUUGAACUUCGAACGCUGCCCACCAAGGAGUGGGACA